UUCUUCCAUUUCUUCCAGGAGCUUGGAGGCUAAUGGAGUUGUACCAACUGUGUGGGCGGUGAACAGAAGAAACUUGGAUGAGGCCGGGGCUUGUGGAAGGAAAAUUCCAAAGAGCAGGGCUGCUCAGGAGGGCCAAGGGCCAGUCCAAGUCUGGGAAUAGCCCCCAUCUGGGGCCAAGCGCCGCUAGCUGUGAAGAGGUCUGCUGCAGUUAAGGCAGGUUGUGCCGCAGCCCCUCGGCCUUAGUUUUUCCCCUCAAGCCAGUACUUACGCAUGCACAGGAGACCUUUCAGAAGAGGGAUUCUCAAAUACCAACGCGUCUUAUGACAACGCACACAAAUAGCUGAGCCCAUAACAAGAUAAAAUCACUUGCAUUCUUGCCAGAUCUGUCUAUGCACAUCUAUUAAAAAUUUAUUUAAAUCUUUCAAUUAAAGUUUCUUCAGGUUUAAUUGACAUACAAUAAAACAUAUCCUUUUAAGGUAUAUAGGUCAUUAAGCUUUGGAAAAUGUAUACAGUUAUGUAACCAUUAUUGACAGCACGCCAAAACACUUCCUAUGCUUCUUUCUUGUCAAGCUUCAGUCUUGACGCCUCAGUUUCCACGAGUGGCGACGCGAACUUCGGCAAUUCCUUCCAGGGCAAAGGCAAAGCCCCACCUCCCUACGGCUCUGAGCCCCGCCUGCUCGUUAUUCCGAUUGACAGUCAAUCUUACCAAUCAGCGCGCUGUGCGAGCGGGGCUGCCCUUUUGGACACAUGCGCACUUCUCGCAUGAGAGAUGAGGGGCUGCAGGGUUUGGUGCCGGUUGUGGGGUGGUUGUGGGCAGACGCCAGGGGUCCACGCAGCGGCAAAGGGCUUUGGCACUGAGGCCCGGCAUCAUCAGCAACCUCGAGGUUCCAGCAGACAGUCGGGGCCCCUGAGGGACCAGCCCUUCCCAGGGCUGCUGCAGCCAGAGAACCUCAGCCGUGAGGAGUUGGUUGAUGUGCUGAGGGCAGCCGUACUGGAUCAGAAAGGACCUCUAGUGACGUUGAACAAGCCACAAGGUCUGCCAGUGACAGGAAAACCAGGGGAGCUGACAUUGCUCUCUGUGCUGCCAGAGCUGAGCCAGUCCCUGGGGCUCGGAGAGCAGGAGCUCCAGGUUGUCCGAGCACCUGGAAAGGAGACCUCUGGGCUUGUACUCCUCUCCAGUUGUCCCCAGACAGCAAGCCGCCUCCAAAAGUUCUUCAGCCACUCCCGGAGAACCCAGAGACCCACAGCUACCUACUGCGCUGUCACUGAUGGGAUCCCAGCUACUACUGAGGGGAAGAUCCAAGCAGCUCUGAAACUAGAACACACUGAUGGUGUCAAUCUUGCAGUUCCAGUGAAGCCCCCAUCCCGGAAAGACAUCCUGGAAGGUGUUAAGAGGACCCUCAGCCACUUCCGUGUGAUGGCCACAGGCUCUGGCUGUGCCCUGGUCCAGCUGCAGCCACUUACAGUCUUCCCCAGUCAGCUACAGGUACAUAUGGUUCUACAGCUCUGCCCUGUGCUUGGGGAUCACACAUACUCUGCUCGUGUGGGCACUGUCCUGGGCCAGCGCUUCCUAUUGCCAGCUGAGAGCACCAAGCCCCGAAAACAGGUUCUGGAUGAAGCUCUCCUUAGACAUCUCCACCUGACACCCUCCCAGGCUGCCCAGCUGCCCUUGCAUCUCCACCUGCAUUGUCUACACCUCCCAGGUGCCAGGCCCAUGGCUGCCCCCAUUGAAUUUCUGGCCCCCCUGCCCUCUUAUUUCUCCAGGACCCUGCAGUGCCUGGGGCUCCACCAACCAUAGUCCUGUUCCGUGUUUCCAGUGGAAUGCUGUGCAUUGGGCAAAUGACUUUACCUCUCUGGACUUAGAUAAUAAAAGUACCUACCUCAUCAUA